UUUCGUUUUCACGCAGUUCAGCGAAUCGAGCGUAUUUCGCUAUCGUCUUUUGUUGCGAUUACGCAGAAGAAGUGACUGUGUGCGGCGCAGCCAGCAACUUGCAGUACAUUUUUGUUUCUGCCUUGCCCAGAGAAAGUGACAAUAAGUGCAGUUGCAGUAAAGUGCAUUCCACGUAGCAAUCGAUCGCGCAGUGCAACGAAACAGACUUACAAAUAGCAAAAACACAUCCAAAAUGGGCAUUCCAAAAGUGUACGUGGUUGGUGUGGGUAUGACAAAGUUCGAGAAACCGGGCCGCCGGGAGAACUUUGACUACCCGCAAAUGGCCAAGGAAGCCGUCACGAAGGCGCUGGCCGACGCGGGCAUCCAGUACACCGAGGUGCAGCAGGCCACCGUUGGCUACGUGUACGGCGAUUCCACCUGCGGCCAGCGGGCACUGUACGAGAUUGGCUUCACCGGCAUCCCGAUCUACAACGUCAACAACAACUGCUCGACCGGUUCGACCGCCCUCUUCCUCGCGAAGCAGCUGGUCGAGUCGGGCAACAAUGAUUGCGUGCUGGCGCUCGGCUUCGAAAAGAUGGAGCGUGGUUCGCUCACGUCCAAGUAUCUCGAUCGCACGAAUCCGGUCGAGCUGCUGGUAACGGCCAUGGCGGAGAAUCACGAAAUUACCGGCGCCCCCAUCUCGGCUCAGCUGUUCGGCAAUGCGGGCGUGGAGCACAUGAAGAAGUACGGCACCAAGCCGGAACACUUUGCCAAGAUUGCGUACAAAAACCACAAACAUUCCACCAACAACCCCUAUUCCCAGUUCCAGGACGAGUACAGCCUGGAGCAGAUCCAGAAAUCGCCGGUAGUGCACGAAAUUCUCACCAAACUGCAGUGCUGUCCCACGAGCGAUGGGGCCGCCUGCUGUAUCGUAGCCUCGGAAAGCUUCGUGAAACGUCACGGUCUGGAGGGGCAGGCGGUGGAAAUUAUCGCCAUGGAAAUGUCCACCGAUGUGCCGAGCUCGUUUAGCGAGGGAAGUGCCAUGAAGAUCGUUGGCUAUGACAUGACGCGCAACGCGGUGCAGAAGGUGUUCGCCAAGACCAACUACAAGCCCCAGGACGUGGAUGUGGUCGAGCUGCACGAUUGCUUCUCCGCUAACGAGCUGAUCACGUACGAGGCGCUCGGGCUGUGCGAACCGGGCAAGGCCGGCGAGUUUAUUGACCGUGGCGACAACACGUACGGUGGGCGCGUUGUGGUGAACCCGAGCGGGGGGCUGAUCUCCAAGGGCCAUCCGCUCGGUGCGACCGGGCUGGCCCAGUGCUCGGAGCUGUGCUGGCAGCUGCGCGGCCAGGCCGACAAGCGACAGGUGAAGAAUGCCAAGCUGGCGCUACAGCACAACAUCGGGCUCGGUGGAGCGGUCGUGGUCGGGCUGUACCGGUUGGGCUUCCCGUACGCCAAACGCCCGGUCAAUCCGAGCCUUACGGCGGCCGGCAAGCUGAAGGACACGCCGGACGGGUUCCUCGUCACGCCGUACAUGCGCGUGCUGGAGGAAGCGAUGCGCGACGACAAGGACAAUUUGAUCGAGGGUGUGCGAGGAAUCUACGGAUUCAAGGUCACCAACGGUCCGGACGGUGCCGAGGGCUACUGGGUGAUCAACGCGAAGGUUGGCAAAGGAUCGGUCAGCUACCGCGGCACGGACAAGCCGGACGUUACGUUCAUCAUGAACGAUGUCGAUGUGGUGGACCUGAUCUCGGGCAAGCUGAACCCGCAGAAGGCCUUCUUCCAGGGCAAGGUGAAGGUGCAGGGCAACAUGGGGCUGGCGAUGAAGCUGAUGGAUCUGCAGAAGCGCGCCAACUCGCGCAUCGAGGAGCUGCGGGCGAAGCUGUAAGGGGGGAGAGGCCCCGAAACACAAGUGAUUGAGAUGCUGGGAAGUUAAGGGUGGGUAAAACAGGGCACAAAAGUACGUGAAGCAAUGGGCAAUGGGGUGAUAAUCAAAACCAAUAUAAGACUAUUUGUUUGUCUGUUUAUUUCUUUAUUUUAUCUGGCAAACGAAACAGGUUUUCCUUAGAAGUAUGUUCUUGUAUUCUUCUGUUUUUUUUUCGAUAAUAAAAACAAAAAUCGUGGUGGUUGUUAAACAACA